UGUGAGCACUCAGGUCGCAUCAGAGCAUCGGGCGUAUAGUGUGAGACCCUGCAUCGUGACCUACGAACUUCUAACCCCUGCGAGUCAAUCGUACAGUUUGAGCAGGCGCUGAAUAACGCCACUGAAAAAAUCGCACAGCGUAUGCCCAAGGCUCCGCCGAUGCUGAUGGAAAUGGACAAAACGUUAAGAAACGCAAAGCCAGAGGAACAGACUAACACACACUAAUGCUGUUUUUGACUUCUAUUUAUGCCCUCAGUAGGCGUGACCUAACGGCCGCACUUCAAAGCACGGCCGCACUUCAAAGCACUCAGCCUUUUGACGCGUCAUGUAAUCUUCCUUCUAAUGGCGCAACUCCUCCCACUCAUUCAUAAUCCGACCUCCGCGUUUGCACUCGUCCUACAAGAGCUCCCAAAUUUGAACAUCAUUGAUGUUCAUCGGAUUUACAGAGUGACGACAAACCCCGUCAGCAUGUUAGAUAAAGGAUUUAAGUUAUAUGCUGCAUCAUAUAUACACAACUACGAAGUAUCCAAAAAAACACAGGUUGACAGGGGAGGUCGGUGUGAGAGCCCUGUGCUACAGGUCAAUGAGGAAGAGUGAGGCACCACACAGACUAAGUAUUAAGCUUCUGGAUUCAUCGCCAGUGCUCCUGUGUGGCAGGUGCUGUUAUGUGCAAUCACACAGUGGCACUGCUCUUCCAAACAGCACACUACUCACAACUCAGAGUGCCGGUUGUCCCCCUGUGCAUAGCUGCACCGAAUCUGAACAGCAAUGGCACAAGCCACGGACAGUGGGUGUGAAGCCAGGACCUAUCAACUCUAUGAUCUUCACUAAGCCGGUACCAAAUAGGAUGGCCCAGACUGGAGUACGGAGUGGAUUCUACAGAGGCAUUGUGGGUCCAUUACCAGAUCCCUGACCUGACAAGCCCCUUGUGGAAAGUGCCUUUGGGCUGGUGCAGGAGGGCAGUGUUCUGUCAUGUCAGCAGCCGGUUUUGACAACCCGGUACAUCACACUACACCGUGAUGCACCACCAACACCGCACUUGCCUCUGGAGGGGUACGACAUCAAGGAAACCCUGCUCGCUCAGACAGCCUGUGAUAUUUUCUCAAACCGCUGCGCUGAACAAGUUUCCAAAGAACAUGCUGUGUGACACAAUAAAUAUCCUUUAACCUGUUAACCUGUGGCUUCUGGAAGAAACUCGGGUGAGUCAGUCACUGCAAACACAUUUGUAUCAUCAAGUGUUUGUCAAAUGAAAAUGAUAUGUUUUUCUACACUUAGGAUAAUUUUCUAUGUUGCAGUGCAGUAAAGUGCAUGUUUCUUCUGUGUUCAAUCAUACAUGUUCUAAUUGUUAUAAACAGAAAAAAUCUUUUCUUACUUAACUGCUUGAUUCUUAACUUGUUUAACUGAAACAUGAUGAAAUGUCAUAGUAUUAUUUUUUUUUUUAAAUGUCCUUGGCAGUGCAUGUGUCCGCAUUGUAACUUACUAAUAAAAAGUCCUGUGUGUA